ACUGUAAAUUCUUGGUACCCAAGGUAAAUCAAGGUUCGUAAAUCAACGCUUCGCUCAAUUCAACCUCUAGAUAUCUGAGAGAUUUUUGCAACAACAACAAACAUCAAGUCAGAAACAUCCUGAGAUCGAGGGGGCAAAGAUGACCGGUAGGGAUUACAGAGGGUUCUUGACGACUCAUAGGACUGGAGCAAGGGAGACGGGUCGUCCAGAUGAAGCAGAUAAGCUUCUAGUCCGCAUGAAGGAAGGCCUUGGAAGCACUCGCUACACCAAGCUGGACUACGACCAGCUGAAGGCCGCUGCCCUGGAGCGGAAGAUCUCCGGUAACCGCUCCCUCCUGAAGAUGAACAAACUCAAGAGCUUCUCCAAGGCCAGCAAGGAGAACACCCUGCUCAAGCAGCACCGGACAGUCUGGCAGAGGGAGCUGGGGAAGCUGGACGGCAUCAGACAUCGGCUGGAGAGGGAGCAAGAGCGGCUGAUUCUGCUGGGAACCUCGGAAGGAUCGUCCAUCACCAUGUUCAUGCUGGAGGCGGAGGAUUACAAGAUGCAGUUGACGGAGGAGCUGGAGAAGUUCCGGAAGGCUACGGCUGAACCUAUCUGGUCACUCAAGGAUGAUCUGAAGGUCUGGUUAUCAAGGAACAGAGUGAAGCUGCAGAGUGGAGGAGAUGACGAACUGGAUGACCAACAUGCUGAGGUCUGUGAAGUCAUCGAGAGUGUCAAAGGACAACAGGAAGCCGUCAUGAAGCAACUGGAACACGAGCAGUGGGCGCUGGAGAGUGAGCUAGAUGCUGGAUUCUUACAAGGUCUUAGUCUAGGUACAGAGAAGUGUGUGACGGAAGGGAUACCGAUGGAGGCUGAGGUCCUGGAAUGUCCAGAUCUGGAGAUUCGGGAUGCUGUCCUUCAGGAAUUCCUUACUCUUGAUGAUAAAUACAAGGAAAGACUGGGAGAUCUUGAUAGAAGGCACUCAAGCACACUCUUGAAUUCUUAUGGUGGUUGGAGUCGAGAUGAUCACUUGAUUUUUGAGAGCAUAGUUGAGAUGUACCCCAGAGACAUGCAGAACAGACGUGUGCUUUACAUUGACAGACUCAGAAAACAGUUUCCGAAGAGAACAAGAGCACAACUGGUUGAACACGAGGACUGGAUGAUUACCCAUCGAUACCACACCCGCCUCAGGAACACCCUGGUCAGCUGCUGGGCCAAGGACAAGCAGGAGCUCUACGAGAAGGCAGCGGCUAUCUUUGCGGAUGUUUGCCUCGCAGCGGAGCUCGAGUCCAUUGCAGCUAUCAAUGAGCAACGACAAGGGAUGAUCAACCAACAGCUUCGGGAGAAGAUUGAGCUAUGGAGAGAGCAAAAACUUGAGGCGAUGCGUAUUGAAGCAGAACUUGAAGCAGAAAGGCUGAAGAACGUACAGAAGGAGAUGGAAUUGGAGAAGGAGAAGGAUGAAAAGAAGAGGGCUGCAGACAAGCAGAAGAUACAAGUAUACAAGGAGCAGCUGCAAAAGGAGCAUGAAAAAGAGGAAACGGAGAAGCGAGAAAGACUGGCUGAACUCCGGAAGGCGAUGGAAAUACAGGCUGAACAUGACAAAGAGAGAGUUGCUUUCCGUCAACACUUGCAAGAGCUGAAGGAAGAAAGGAUGGCAGAAGAAAAGAUGAGGUUAAGAGAGGAGGAAAUAGAGAGGGAAAGAAGACUGGAGGCGCUGAGGGAACAGGUUGCAGUGCAUGUUGAGAGUGACCCAGUUCGCGUGAUGCAAGCUACCGCAGCCUAUAAGGCUCACCUGGGUAUAGGAGUAGAACAAGACAUCAACAUCCAGCAACCUUUGUUUGAAAUGAAUACAUUCAGCUCAGAUAAGGUGAUGUCAGAUCCAAGGCUGAAGCUAGAACAGGCACUGAGGAAAGCGGGUCUUCAUGAAAAUCCUUACGCAAGGCAUAUGAUCAGCACAACCAAGCCUUUGAAGGCCCCGAGGCCUGAUAUGAAGUCGAGUUUAUUCAAGGACAAAUGAUGGUGCCUCCAUAUGCUAUAGAACCAAGAUUACCACCUUGAAGUUAAAUGACAUUUCAAAUAACUAAUUUUGCCUCCGACGAAGAUUCUGCUAGGAUCGAAAGCUUAGGCCCCUUUUGACUUUCUAAUUUACUCCAUUGGCUCUCUUUUAUUAGAUAAGCAGUUUUCAGCAGCUUCUUUUUGCCAAAUAACUAAUUUGACGUCAUCUACGUAGGCCAGAUGCAAAAUCCAGCCUGAUCAGCGAUAAAUGAUGAAGACGUAGAGAUGCAACCCACCUUGAAAGUUUAAUAAUCAUUGUUGCAAAGCAUUUGAUUUCAUUUAGGCUGGAUAUGAAAUCUAGCCUUUUCAAGGGUAAAGGAUGGCAAUACCAUAAUAUAAACACAACCCAACUAGAAAUUAAUUGGUAUAUCAGUGCCGCAAAGCAUUUGAAGUCAUCUAGGCUAAAUUUCAAAAGUAGCCUAUCAAGGAUAAAUGAUGGCGAUGCCAUAGAAACUUGACCCACCUACAAUUUAAGUGAUAUGUCAGUGCCUCAAAGCAUUUGAAAGCAAGAAGACUAGAUUUGAAAUCUUUUAUUUUCAAGGAUACCUGGUGGUGCCAUGGUAUAAACACAACCAGGGGCAGAUCCAGGAUUUUUCAAAAGGGGGGGGGGGCAAAUUUUUCAGCUGAAAAUUUGACAAGCAGAAAAAAAAGGUUCCCAUUUUCAAAAGGGGAGGGGGGGUACAAUUAGGUAAAAGUGGUAUAUUUACAUCACAAAUUUUGAUUAAGGCUCUCAGAGGGGAGGCAUGCGGCCGGCUGUGAACCCCCCCCCCCCCCGAUCCGCCAGUGAACACAACUAAAUAUAUCACCUUGAAGGUAUUAAAAUGAUAUGUCAAGGCCACCAAACUUUUGAGGGCAGCAAGGCUGGAUUUGAACUCUAUUCUGUUCAAGAAUAAAUCAUGGCACCACCAUAUCAGUAUCAUUCAGUACUAUUUAAAAUAGAGACACCAAAUAUGGAUGUGAAAGAGAACGUUUGUGAUGACAAAUGGUAUGUCUUCACCACAAAACCUUGGUCUAAUGUACAAUUAAGUUUCUCUUCAAGCAUUAUACUCGGGAGCUUUGACGUCCAUGACGCACUACAGAUCCAAGAACACAGCAAAUGUAUUGAAAAAGCCCAUCAAAUGACAAUGAACAGCUUGGAGGUUUUGGUUGAAACUCGCGGUGAACCGAAACAGCAGUUUCAUCCUUAGUUUUGGAGCUGAAGCCAUGGUAACCUUCUGAAGUAUAUAUUUUUUUAGUGUCUCUUGAAUGCUCCACAGUAAGUAGUGACUGUGCUCUGUAAAGGGAUCUAUAGGGUUCAGUGUUCGAAACUGUUAAGCACCAUCAAUGUCCUGUGUAGUCCAGAUUGGACAUUCAUAUACAUAGAAGCUCUCUUUCCAAAAGCUAACAUAGAGGGGCAUCAUGACUCCCAAUCCCUUACACAGUGCCAUUCCCCUCAUCUCCCCCUCCUCGGGUGAGAAGGGGAGAGGAGGGGAUUUGGAAUCAGAGGAGGCCCUCUUUGUCAGCUUUGAGAAAGAGAGCUUCCAUACACCAACUUCCAAUCUGGACUAUGUCCUAUGGUGUCUACAUUAAUUUGCAACUCACUUCUAAGAUGCAGUCACUGGAUAUCCGCGAGGUUCCAUUGAAUACUUCACUUUUAACUUUAAUCUCCUUGUGGAUGUUUCAUUAAGCUUGUACUUCAUAACUUACAAAAUACAUUAGAAACGAGUGGUGACCCUUUAUUGUGCUAAAUGAUGUUACCCCACCAUGCGUACGGACCUGGCUUAGCACCAAAGAACAUGUUCCAAUCAUGCAUGAAGAUGUGCUUAACAUUAUACACAGCUUUGCUUUGACCCACCUUGAUUUUCGUUGGCUUUUAAGUUGGCCCUGUUUUUGGUUAUGAUAAAUGACAAUAACAUCAUCAGUGGUUGAGUUUAUGCAGUGGGCCCAGGUGUGUACAGUUAUGUCUGUCCACGUUUUCCCCAGGAGGCAGAGAAAGUGCUUUAAUCCUAACUUACCUGUGCUAGUUUGCUGACUUAAAGGGCCGGUCCUCCGGGCUGAAAAUAUUAAUGUCU